UUGAGGACUUCCUCACAAUCCAUCACCCAACCCCAAACUCUCUACCUAUUAUAGGACACUGCGUAAGAUAUAGGACAGACUUACUAAAUAAUUUCUUAACACUUGGAUCAUAUUGAUCCAAAAACAUGGUGGUGGCCAACGUCAGUACGGGUGGGGGUGGUGGUGGUGGUGGAAAUAUGAAGAACUUCAGCCUCCACAUCCUCACCGGCCGGUGGUUCAUGGUCUUCGCCUCCUUCCUAAUCAUGUCAGUUGCCGGUGCAACCUACAUGUUCGGCCUCUACUCCAGCGACAUAAAAUCAUCCCUCGGCUACGACCAAACCACCCUCAACUUGCUCAGCUUCUUCAAGGACUUAGGUGGCAACGUAGGCGUCUUAUCAGGCCUCAUCAACGAGGUCACGCCACCGUGGGUCGUCCUCUUCAUCGGCGCCACCAUGAACUUCUCCGGCUACUUCAUGAUAUGGCUCUCCGUCACUGGAAAAGUCGCCAAACCCCGUGUUUGGCAGAUGUGUCUGUACAUCUGCAUCGGUGCGAAUUCCCAAUCCUUCGCAAACACUGGUGCUUUGGUAACUUGCGUUAAAAACUUCCCGGAAAGCCGAGGUAUGGUUUUAGGGCUCUUAAAAGGGUUUGUUGGGUUAAGCGGUGCUAUCAUAACUCAAUUAUACCAUGCUUUUUAUGGAGACAAUUCUAAGUCUCUGAUUUUACUGAUUGGCUGGUUACCCGCAGCGGUUUCGUUAAUUUUUUUAAGAACGAUUCGGAUUAUGAAGGUUGUUCGACAAGCGAACGAGGUCAAGAUUUUUUACAAUAUUCUUUAUAUUUCGCUCGGGUUGGCGGGGUUUCUCAUGCUUGUAAUUAUUCUCCAAAACAGACUCCAUUUCUCGAGAAUCGAGUACGGUGUAACCGCUGUUGUUGUGACUGCUCUCCUUUUUGCACCUCUUGGUAUUGUAAUAAGCGAAGAAAUGAAUCUAUGGAAGAACAAGAGCCAACAAGAUAUGAACAAUUCUUCUCAUAUCCAAGUAGUUGCUGAAAACCCACAACCAAAAGCAACCAUUAAUGGUGAUUCUUCAAAACCCAAUUCAUGUUUGAGAAAUGUGUUCAAUCCACCGAACAGAGGCGAAGACUACUCCAUUUUACAAGCCCUGUUUAGCAUAGACAUGGUGGUUCUCUUCAUCGCCACCACUUGCGGCGUCGGAGGAACUUUGACGGCGAUCGACAAUCUGGGUCAGAUCGGAAAAUCUCUCGGAUACCCAACCACCUCAACCACCACAUUCGUCUCUCUAGUCAGCAUAUGGAACUAUCUGGGUCGGGUCGUAGCCGGGUUCGGAUCCGAAAUCUUCUUAACCAAAUACAAAAUCCCUCGCCCAUUGAUCUUCACCUUCGUCCUCCUCUUCUCUUGCCUCGGCCACAUCCUCAUCGCCAUCGGAGUCCCCAAUUCACUCUACGUCGCGUCGGUGAUCAUCGGGUUUUGUUUCGGAGCUCAAUGGCCAUUGAUGUUCGCCAUCAUAUCCGAGAUUUUCGGACUCAAGUACUAUUCGACCCUGUAUAAUUUCGGGGCGGUGGCGAGUCCGGUCGGGUCGUAUAUUUUGAAUGUGGUGGUGGCCGGUCGGAUCUAUGAUCGGGAGGCGAGGAAGCAGAUGGCGGCGAUGGGGUUGAGUAGGGCGGCGGGGGAGGACUUGACGUGUAUUGGGGUUGUGUGUUAUAAGAUGUCUUUUAUUGUGAUUACCGCAGCGACACUGUUUGGUUGUUUGGUUUCCCUGAUUUUAGUGGUUAGGACCAGAAAAUUCUAUAGGGGAGACAUAUAUAAGAAGUUUAGAGAGGAGGUUGCGGUGGCAGAAGCCGAGAUGGGUGGCUCUACAAGUACGAACUGCGUUGUUGACACCAUUUCCAUCACUAGCUCUGACACCACCACCACCACUGCCACUACCGCCAAGCAAUGUGGCCUUGAUAGGUAAAUUAGUGACGAAUGAUUUGGGUGUACUAAUUAAUUAUGGUACACACCCAAAAUGAAAUAGAGCAAUGGUAGAGGGUCACAAAAAGUGUGGCUCAAAUAGCUCAAAACUGUCAAAACGAUAUCAUUUUGUUAUUUUAUUUGCCCAAAACGACGUCGCUUUGACAAUUUUGAACCAUUUAAACCACACUUUUUGUAGCUCUCAGACAUUUUUCAAUGAAAUAUAGUUACAGUAAAUUGGAAGAUUGUAAGAAAUGGAAUUUUGUGCUUAGCUGUUAUAAUAAUGGAUCACUUCUGUUCGGAAA